AUGACCGACGGGUUGUUGCAACGAUUCAGCACCGUCAGCACCGCCGGAAGCAGCACGAGUCUGCCACCGAUGGAGCCGCCCGGUGCCAUCACCCAACGCAUUCACCACGAGCCACCACCGGGGUUGCUGACCAGCGGAAAGUAUCCUGUAUACGGACCCGGUUCCGGUCCGGAUCUGUACGACGACGCGGACGCGAACGAGUUUUGGCAGCCUACCGAGGGAAACGGUGCCGUUGGGUUUUUCCCAAGCUUCCUAUCCUGGGGCCAACCUGCUCCGGCAGGACCUCCUCCUCCUCCUCCACCACCACCACCACCACCCCCACCACCGUACCCGGUGUAUCGGGGUCCGUAUGGGGGUGGGCCACCGGCAAAAGGACUUCGCUUUAAAGGCGCCUCAGUGGCGGUGCUGACAUUGCUGGCGUUCCUGUUCUUUCUGAGCAUCCUGCAGAACUACAUCCGCGACUACUCGACAACCGGCCAGCCGACCGUGAUCCUGCUGUCAGCCGGUGCGACGAAGGAAAACGCACUACCACUCUACCCGUACCGUGUCCGGCCGAAGGUGGGCCAACGUGGAGAUGAGACGCCGCACCGACAACAAGAUGAGGACGAUGCGGAUGAUGGCGAGGACACACUGGGCGAGGAUGCAGGUGAACCGUCCGGAGGUUAUCGGGCGCGCAUCAAGAAGCCUUCCGCUGGACAGCACCGCCAUCACAGGGACGGUGGAAAACAGGCCACGUCUCCGGCUCUCGUCAGCCCACCACCGUUCGGGGACAUCUUCAAGGUGAACAGGUUGUGA